AUGAGUGAGUUUUGGUUAUGCUUCAACUGCUGUAUUGCAGAACAGCCUCAGCCUAAAAGACGACGGCGGAUUGACCGAAGCAUGAUUGGGGAGCCAACGAACUUUGUUCACACAGCUCAUGUAGGAUCGGGGGACCUGUUCAGCGGAAUGAAUUCGGUCAGCUCAAUUCAGAAUCAAAUGCAGUCUAAGGGAGGCUAUGGAGGUGCCAUGUCUGCAAAUGUUCAGAUGCAGCUCGUAGACACAAAGGCAGGAUAA